AUGGCCUCCGCUACUACUGGUUCAUUCGAUGAACAGGGUAAUAAGGCACACACCGUCUCAGCCGCCGAACGUGCUCUAGUCCGCAAGCUGGAUUUCAUCUAUGUCAUGCCCUGUAUCGCAGUACUUAACUUUCUGCAGUUCUUUGACAAGUCCGCAUUGAACUAUUCCUCGGUUUUAGGUAUUAUAGUAGACACCGGUCUUCAUGGACAGCAGUUCAGUUGGUUGGGUUCUAUCUUCUACCUCGGUUACCUUCUCUAUCAGCCAAUCAACGCAUACUUACUCCAGCGCGUUCCUCUUGCCAAGUACCUUGGCACUCUUAUCUGUUUCUGGGGUGCUGUAUUGGCUCUUACCAGUCUCGGAAAGAACUUCUCACAGCUUGCAGCUCUCCGUUUCCUUUUGGGUUUCUUUGAGGCCGGUGUAUACCCAUGCUGUAUCAUGUUGAUUAGUAUCAUGUACCGUCGUACCGAGCAGGCUGGCCGUAUCGGUGCUGUCUAUAUUUGCAACGGUAUUGCCAUGGCUGUUGGUGGUUUGAUCAGUUACGGCAUUGGCCAUAUGGUUAAUGUUGGUGGCAAGGCUCCUUGGCAGUGGAUUAUGAUUAUCCUCGGCUGUAUUACAACUCUCUUUGGUGUCGUCUUCUUUGUCUGCCUCGUCGACAGCCCUACAUCUCGUUUUCUCCGUCUCACACCUGAACAAGAAGAUAUUGUUAAGGCCAGAACUCUUGACAACGCUGUCGUGUACACCAAGGAGAUCAAGAAAGCCCAUAUUAUUGAGUCUCUCAAGGAACCUCGUUUCUGGCUCCUUGCCUUCGCUUCCCUGCUGAUCAAUCUUCAAAACGGUGCCCUCACCACCUUUAACAGUAUCAUUACCGUCAGUUUCGGUUUCAGCAGCUUGAACGCCAUUCUUUUAAGUAUCCCCUCUGGUGUUAUUGACUGUAUCUACAUUGCUGGCGCAGUCUACAUCAACAGACGUUAUGGUCACACUCUCUUGACCUGUGCUGGUCUCCUUACUAUGUCCACUAUCGGUCUCAUCUUGCUCGUCAGCAUUCCCUCUGGUCCCCCCAAGUUGGCUGGUCUUUACCUCUGCUGGGCCUAUGCCGCUGCCUAUGUCAUGUUGCUCACCUCAAUCGCCAACAACGUUGCUGGUUACACCAAGAAGAUUUUCUACAGCAGUGGUAUUAUGGUGUUCUACACAAUUGGUAACUUUGCCGGUCCUCAGAUGAUGGUUGCCAAGCAGGCACCUCGUUACCUCGGUGGUAUGAUCGGUUACAUGGCUGCCAAUGUUAUCUGCAUUUGCUUGCUCUUGAUUGCCCGUCAUUUGAUGAUCAAGUCUAACCGCGAGCGUCUUGCAAACCCUUCAGCAGCUGUCGUAGACAUCAAUGACGAUCUUACUGAUCGUGAAAACCCUCAUUACAUUUACCGUAUUUAA